AUGGCGGCGGACGUGGAGGGGGAGGUGUACGUGCUGGUGGAGCACCCGUUCCAGUACACCGGCAAGGACGGCAGCCUGGUGGCCAUCCGGCCCAACGAGCGCUACCGGCUGCUGCGGCGCAGCACGGAGCACUGGUGGCACGUGCGCAGCGAGCCGGGCGGCCGCCCCUUCUACCUGCCGGCGCAGUACGUGCGCGAGCUGCCGGCGCUGGGGGGCCCCGCCGCCCCGCCGCCCGCCGCCCGGCCCGGCCCCGCCGCCCCCGAGCCGCUGGCCUACGACUACCGCUUCGUGAGCGCGCCCGCGCCCGCGCCCGCCGGCCCCGACGGCGCGCCCGCCGAGCCCCGCGGCCGGGCGGGCUCCCUGGGCGGCCCCCCGCGCGGCCGGGCCCCGCGCGGCAGCCUGGCGCCCGGCCCGCCCGCCCGCCUGUACGCGCGGCCCGCGGCGCCCGUGCGGCCCGCGCAGUCCCUGGACGACCUGGCGCGCGCCGCGGCGCCCCCUGCCGGCCUCCUGGGCGGCGCGGGCAGCUUCAAGGCCUGCAGCGUGGCGGGCUCCUGGGUGUGCCCGCGGCCGCUGGCGCGCAGCGACUCCGACAGCACCUACGAGACCAUCGAGGACCUGCGCGGGCCGCCGCGGGAGGAGCGCCCCCAGCAGGUGGACGAGGCCCCGGAGCCCGCGGACGAGGCCCCGGAGCCCGUGUACGCGAACAUCGAGAGGCCGCCGCCGCCGGCCCCUGCCCCCGCGGCCGCGGCCCGCCGGCCCGGCCAGGUGUGGGAGACGCACACGGACGCCGACACCGGGCGGCCCUAUUACUACAACCCGGACACCGGCGUCACCACCUGGGACCCGCCCUGCGAGGCCGCGGAAGGCGCCGCCAGCCCCGCCAACUCGCUGUCCUCCGUGGGCAGCCACGAGAGCCUGGAGACCGAGUGGGGCCAGUACUGGGAUGAGGAGAGCCGCAGGGUGUUCUUCUACAACCCGGUGACGGGCGACACGGUGUGGGAGGAGGAGUCCGAGGAGCCCGGGGACCAAGAGGACGCGGACGCGCUGAGGAUGCAGCCAGGCCUGAGCCCGGGCGGCCCCAAGGACCAGCGGCCUCCCACCCCUGAGACGGACUACCCUGAGGUACUGACCAGUUACCCCGAGAAGGACUACUGCUCUUCGGGCUCCCUCAGCGAGCCCGGCCCCGCCUCUCCUUUUGUCACGCCUCCCGGCUGGUCAUGCCACGUGGACCCGGAAGGGCAGACACUCUGCACCAACCAGUUUACCCAAGAGCAGUGGGUGAAGCUGGAGGACCACGGGAAGCCCUACUUCUACAACCCCAAAGACGACUCUGUUCGGUGGGAUCUGCCCCAGAUCCCAGUUCCUGCCCCUCGGAGCAUCCUCAAACCCAGCCCAGACAGUGAGACCCCAGCCGAGGCCAGCCCUCCGGAGGAGAAGGUCAAGACCCUGGACAAGGCGGGCGUGCUCCAUCGCACCAAGACGGUGGACAAGGGGAAGCGGGUCCGGAAGAAGCACUGGGGUACCUCCUGGACCGUUCUGGAGGGCGGCAUCCUGACAUUCUACAAGGACUCGAAGACCUCAGCUGCAGUUGGCCUGAGGCAGCAGCCUUCUAAGCUCUCUGUCCCCGAGUACACGGUGGAGCUGAACGGGGCCUCUCUUGCCUGGGCCCCCAAAGACAAAUCCAGCAAGAAGAACGUGCUGGAGCUGCGGAGCCACGACGGCUCAGAGUACCUGAUCCAGCACGACUCGGAGGCCAUCAUCAGCACCUGGCACAAGGCCAUCGCCCAGGCCAUCCAGGAGCUGCCUGCAGCCCUGCCCCCGGAGGAGGAGAGCGAGAACAGCAGCGUGGACUUCGGGUCCAGAGAGCGCCUGGGAAGCUGGUGGGAGGACGAGGCGCGGCCUGGAGCAGCCGCGCCUGUCCUGAGCCCCGGGGUCCCGGAGAGCGACCUGAGCAGGGUCCGGCAGAAGCUCCGCAAGUUCCUGCUCAAGAGGCCCACGCUGCAGACGCUGCGGGAGAAGGGCUACAUCAAAGACCAGGUGUUCGGCUGCGCGCUGGCCGCGCUGUGCGAGCGCGAGCGGAGCCCGGUGCCGCGCUUCGUGCAGCAGUGCAUCCGCGCCGUGGAGGCCCGCGGGCUGGACAUCGACGGGCUGUACCGCAUCAGCGGGAACCUGGCCACCAUCCAGAAGCUGCGCUACAAGGUGGACCACGACGAGCGCCUGGACCUGGACGACGGGCGCUGGGAGGACGUGCACGUGAUCACCGGCGCCCUGAAGCUCUUCUUCCGAGAGCUGCCCGAGCCCCUCUUCCCCUUCUCGCACUUCCCCAAGUUCAUCGCGGCCAUCAAGCUGCAGGACCCGGCCCAGCGCAGCCGCCUGGUGCGCAGCCUGGUGCACACGCUGCCCGCGCCCAACCACGACACCAUGCGGCUGCUCUUCCAGCACCUGUGCCGGGUGAUCGAGUUCGGCGAGCAGAACCGCAUGUCGGUGCAGAGCGUGGCCAUCGUGUUCGGGCCCACGCUGCUGCGGCCGGAGACGGAGGAGGCCAGCAUGCCCAUGACCAUGGUGUUCCAGAACCAGGUGGUGGAGCUCAUCCUGCAGCAGUGCGCGGACAUCUUCCCGCCGCCCUGA